AUGCCUCUCGUUCUUUUUCUUGGCGUUCUUGAGAAUGGCAUUCCCGAACCCGUCCGCCAACACGGCCGCACGAUAAUCUACACCAUCCUCAUCUCCACAUUCCUCUUCCUCCUCAAGAUCUGGACAUCCGGUCGCACGAAUCCCACCCAGCAACCCCUCCAUGGAAAGGUCGUUAUGAUGACGGGCGGAACGUCCGGGAUAGGUGCUCAGGCAGCUGUCGGACUCGCCAAGCAAGGUGCGCAGCUGGUUCUGCUCACCCAGGUACAUCCGACGGAUCCGUUUCUCGUCGAGUACAUCCAGGAUCUUCGACAGAAAACGAACAACCAUAUGAUCUAUACCGAACAAGUCGACUUGUCCAGCUUCUACAGUAUCCGAACAUUUGCGACGAAGUGGAUCGACAAUGCGCCGCCCCGACGAUUAGACAUGAUCAUUCUUUGCGCCGGAGCCUUGACACCCCCUGGUGGAAAGAGAAGAGAGACAGAUGAAGGCAUUGAGGAGACGUGGAUGGUGAAUUUCUUAGCCAACUUCCACUUGCUUGGUAUUCUAAGCCCUGCCCUUCGAGCCCAGCCCAUCGACCGAGAUGUUCGGGUCAUUAUCCCUACUUGCUCCUCUUACAUCGCAUCUCCAUCGCUGAAGGACCCUGUAUCCAAGGCCAAUUGGACUCCCAGCACCGCAUAUGCUCGCAGCAAACUCGCUCUGAACGUUUUUGGUCAGGCUUUCCAGAAACAUCUUGAUUCCUACGACCGACCUGACAAGGCACCAAACAACACACGAGUAGUCUUUGUAGACCCUGGUCUUGCCCGAACUCCGAGCACCCGUCGGUGGUUGACAAGGGGCAGUCUCUGGGGACUUGCCGCCUAUCUCACCGGCUACAUCAUACCCUGGUUCCUUCUCAAGUCACCUCACAUGGCUGCUCAAUCUAUCCUCUAUGCGGCCAUGGACAAUGAAUUCGCCCGAGGUUCUGGUGGAAAGCUCAUUAAAGAAUGUAUGGAAGUGGACUUUGCGCGAAAGGAGGUCAAGGACGAUGAAGUCGCCAAGAAGCUGUGGGAGGAGAGCGAUACUUUAAUUGAGAAGGUCGAGAAGAUCCAGGCCAAAAAGCGGGCCGCUCAAAAGGCUUCUGAUGAGAAAAAGGCAAAGGAGGAGACAAAGAAGGAGAAGGAUGCAGAGGUUGAAGAGCUGCUGGAGGCCAUCAAGAAGGGCAAGGAACAGCAGAAGAAGACCGCUGGAAAGAAGGGCAAAAAAUAG